AUGCAGACUGCUUCUACAAACAUUUGUGAAAGAAUGGGUCGCUCUCAGGAGCUCAGUGAAUUUAAGUGUGGUACCGUGAUAGGUUGCCACCUGUGCAAUAAGUCCAUCAGUGAAAUUUCCUUGCUACUAAAUAUUCCACAGUCAACUGUUAGUAGUAUUACAACAAAGUGGAAGCAACUGGGAACAACAGAAUCUCAGCCACAAAGUGAGCGGUGUCAGCACAUGCUGAAGAGCGCAGUGCGCAGAAGUUGCCAACUGUCUGCAGAGUCAAUAGCUAAAGACCUCCAAACUACAUGUGGCCUUCAGAUUAGCACAAUAACAGUGCGUAGAGAGCUUCAUGGAAUGGUUUUCCAUGAC